AUGCACGCAUCCAUGAGCAUUGCUGCCUGUGCCAUUGGCCUUGCCUCCAUGGUUCAGUAUUGCCCAGCUCCUCCUCUCCUUGGGCUCAUUGGACUCGGGGCCGAUGCAGCUUAUCUCGCUGGCUCCGGCCUGGCUGGAUCUGCCGUUAUUGCUGGCUCUAGUCAUAUCCACAAGCGCCUGGCUCCUGGUGUCUCUCAGCAGGCAGCCGACCAAUGCGCUUCCGAGCUUGAUGGUGUCACUGUCACCUUUUCUCCUCAAGGCAACAAUGGUCUUCUCGUCAAUAACUUGCCGCCUGCCUGCAUGGACCUUUCUACUGUCAUCACUGGCGACUACGACGCGGGCGACCCUAUCCCUAUGAGCUCUUCCAGCAUCCUUUUCCAGGGCCUUUCGGAUGAUGAGCUGAACCAGAUCCGCGACGCUGUUAAUGCCAGCUAA